AUGUUGCAUACUCUCGGGCCCGGGCCCGCUUGGGGCCGCGCAGUCGUCGCGCUCCGUCGGGCUCUGCCCAGCACGACCCGGCCGGUCCUGCUGGGCACCCUGCCCCGGCGCUCAGGCCGAGGCCGCCGUGCCUUACCUCCGCCUCAGGCACCCUCGCGGCCGGCGUCCCUGCGCGGCACGGUGUCCCGCGAGCGCGCCUUCUCAGGGCUCGUGGUUCGCGCAACCCCAGCUGUGGGCCACGACGACCCUGUUCCUUGCUCUCCCUCCCUAGUUUGCGACACCUUUUUCAGAGUCUUUGCGUGGUCUCCUAGUUCUUGCGGGGCCAUUUCUUUCACGACAUACAAGGAUUCAUUGAAAGAAGACCUUCAGAAAGCAGAUCUUGUUAUUAGUCACGCAGGUGCAGGAAGCUGUUUGGAGAGUCUGGAAAAAAGAAAGCCGCUCACAGUGGUUAUAAAUGAGAAGUUGAUGAACAAUCAUCAGCUGGAAUUGGCAAAGCAGCUUCACAAAGAUGGGCAUCUCUUCUACUGUACCUGCGGCACGCUUCCUGGGCUGUUACAGUCAAUGGACUUUUCAACACUGAAAUGUUUUCCUCUUGGCCAGCCAGAAAAAUUUUCUGCAUUUUUGGAUAAAGUUGUUGGAUUACAAAAAUAA